GGUAGUCCGCAGCGGAUGAAUGGAUUCGCUGUCCACACUGCACUUCAUUAGUGUUUGCGCAGAGACGCGUCUGUAAAACACAAUGAAGCGACCGAAGAGGAUGUUGUUCAUCUCGGCUUUAAAGUAAUGUACACCAUCGAGAGUGACAUGCUGUCGUUGUAACCGUAAAUAAAUACAAACGGCAACAGAGCGAACUAAAAAUCAAGAUUGUGCCACAGGAUGUACCUUACUUGAGGUAGCGGUGUCUAUUAUCAUUCUCCCCAAGCUGCAGUCGUGCUCGUCGUAAUGUGUUUCCAUGGGCGGGGUGUGUAAAAACUGGCGGUCUCCAUCAGUCUUGGCUCCAGCAUCAGCAGCAGGUCAUCAUGAGGAUGAGACUGAAGCUGAAGACAGUGUUUGUCCUGUACUUCAUGGUGUCUCUGUUUGGGCUCCUGUACGCGCUGAUGCAGCUCGGUCAGCGCUGUGACUGUCGAGAUCAUGAGCAGUCUAAAGAUCAGCAGAUCUCUCAGCUGAAAGGGGAGCUGCAGAAGCUGCAGGAGCACAUCAAAACAUCAGAGCUGUCCAAGAAGACGGAUGUGCCCAGAAUAUACAUCAUAACGCCCACAUAUGCUAGACUGGUGCAAAAAGCUGAGCUCACUCGUCUAGCUCACACAUUCCUUCACGUUCCCCAGCUGCACUGGAUCGUGGUAGAAGACUCUCCUCAGCAAACUCAGCUCGUCUCUGACUUCCUGUCUGCUUCUGGCUUGACCUACACUCAUCUAAACAAGCUGACGCCCAAGGAGAGGAAGCUGCAGGAGGGAGACCCCAACUGGCUGAAGCCCCGAGGGGCCGAGCAGAGGAACGAGGGUCUGCGCUGGCUCAGAUGGAUGGGUUCUGCGGCUCACGGGAAAGAAGCAGCCGCCCUCGAGGAGGCCGUGGUUUACUUUGCUGAUGAUGACAACACGUAUAGCUUACAGCUUUUUGAAGAGAUGCGCUAUACGUACCGUGUGUCAGUGUGGCCUGUGGGUCUGGUGGGUGGGAUGAAGUUUGAGCGGCCCGUGGUGGAGGAUGGGAAGGUUGUGCGUUUCCACACUGGCUGGCGUCCCAAUCGGCCCUUCCCCAUCGACAUGGCUGGAUUUGCAGUGUCCCUGAGGCUGGUAUUGACCAAUAAGGAAGCUCGGUUUGAUGGUGACGCUCAGAUGGGCUUCCUGGAAAGCAGUUUCCUUCAGCACCUGGUCACUAUGGAUGACCUUGAACCCAAAGCAGACCUGUGCACCAAGGUGCUGGUUUGGCACACCCGGACUGAAAAGCCAAAGAUGAAGAGAGAAGAAGCUUUGCUGAAGCAGGGGAUGGGCUCUGAUCCGGAUGUGGAGGUGUGAGCAGAACAUGCCCGAACUUCACCAAACAUCCACACUUUCAUUGUGCCAAACACAUUCUCUUAUUUAACUGGCAAGAGCUGAAGCUUGUAAUGUACUGAAGACACUCUAUAAAUGUGAACUCUGGCCUACAAACCAAAGACAUGAGGAAUGAGGAAAGAAAAUGAUGAAUGCAUGGAUAAGAAAAGCAGAAGAUGCACACAGAACAACCUGUGAAUUAAAUGGAAAUGGGUUGCUAGUAAUCAUUUCACAUUUCAGACACCAUGCCUAUCAUCCGAAUAGUAUUUAAAGAAUUUUACAGGCAGAAGCUGUAAGAUGAGCUUGUGUCAAUGUUUUAGAAACAUUUAAAAGUUUGCCUGGAAUAUAUUUAUUAGUCAUUAUUAUGUCUAUGCUCUCCAUGUCUCUAUUACAUUAGGUGUUCUUGUCUUAAGUAUUAAUUCUUAAAGGGAUAGUUCACCCAAAAAGACCAAUUUCCUGACCAUUUACAAGCGAUUCUGAUCUUUCUUCUGUUGAACACAAAACAAGAUAUUCCCAGGAAUGUCCAUAGUAGGAAAUAAAAGUACUAUGGAAGUCAAUGACUGCUGCUUACCCACAUUCUUCAGUAUAUCUUCCUUUAACAAUAGAGUAAAAUGAUGACAGAAUUCUCAUUUUUGAGUGAACUGUCUCUUUAAGAUAAUGCUUCACUGAUACGUGGAGGAUAUAAAUAGAUCAGGAAUUGUUCCUAUUUAUGCCAUUAAUCUAUGAAUCACGCCCGUGUGUUUUAUCUUUAGUGCGGUGCCGUGUGUGUUGCGUGGCACUGGUAAAGAGUGUAAAGUACGUAUGUUGUCACUUAACCCUGGAAAAGACAGAGCAUGAAAACAUUUACAGAAUGUGAGAACAUUGAGCCUUUUUUUUUGCACAUCAUGAUACUGGUGGAGAUGUAAAAAUGUAGAUAGCAGAAAAAUGUAGCAGAUAAGAGUUUUCAGCAGAGGUCAUCGGAUUCCUUGUGUUGAAAAUGUGCUCUUUUAUUGAUUUAAAAAUGUACAGAAUUGCAAUGUAUGUAUAGAUGUCAUGAUUGUGCAGAAUCUUUAAAGGUGCCAUAGUGCAUUGAUUCAAUAUGUAAAAUUGUUCUCAGAUAUGUAUACAUAGUAUGUUUGUGGCUUAGGUAAGUUCAAAAAUUCUAAAUAAACUAUAAAAUAAUUCUAUAUGCUUAUUUAUGAUCAGAGGAGUUACCCCUAGAAUGAAAACCUUGUUUUUGACCAUAUUUGGAAUGGUUGUAAAUAUUAAUGAGCUCUGGGGUCUGUUGUUUGUAUGUGGAUUACUCAAUUAGCUGCACUUGGUUAUUGAUGAUUUGACAUGAUCCAGGAUUGUUUCGUUUUUCAAAACUGAUCCGAGAGUCGUUGUCAUAGCAACUGGUAGCUCAAACCUGCUAGGGAGCAGGAUCAUUUCAUAUAAACAGGAUUAGAUUGGGUCAUUUCAAGCAAAUGUAAUACUGAAAGAAUGUACCGAAUUCUGAUAUGUUCUUACAGUAGUUAUAUACACUUGGUUAUACACUUGAUAUAGUUGUAUACACUUGGGAAAAUAGUAAAUAUAUAUAUUUAAGUUUAUCUAUAAUAUAUAUAUUUUAAGUAAAAAAAAUAUAUUAAUAAAACUUUGCAAUUUUUCUCUACGAAAUAAAAGUACAAAGACUGCCACCUGAUGGUUCAAAGAGAGAAUUUAUUGAUAUGAACAAUUUAGAUCGCUUUAGUACAAUUUGUGUAUGAUAAUAGACAUGCACAAUAUGUGACUUUUUAAAAGGAAUAAUACAUUUAUGCAGUCAUGAACGUGUCGACAGCUAAUAUGACGGUGAUUUGAUACUUCACAAAAGUUGCAGACGACUUUACCAACAUCAAAAUGCUUUUGUAAACAUCCAGUUAUUCUUUACACCGAUUAAGAAACCAGCUACUAUAGCACUAUGGCUACUAUAAUAAAGAAAAUCCGCUCUAACUGUUAAACUAAAUAAAUUGCUAAAUACUCUUGACACAUGAAAGUGUAAAGCCUGCAGCCCAAAGCAAAGUUGGAAAGUUAUUGCGUAUCAUAUUUAACAAACCGUUUGCUAUGAAUUUGAUGUAAUUUAGCUCACAUGCAGAAUUGAAUAUUAAUCAGAUGAUGUCAUUACGCUGCUGUGCUAUCAGCCAAUCGUUGCAUUGCUGAUCAUGAUUUUGAGGAUCGAUAGAUAUGUCCGUCACAACACACACAGUGAUCUCAGAUCAGUUCAUCCAGACAUUUAAAUCUGAUUCACAAACUUGUUUGAAGAACCAAAUUAGCCAGAGAUCAGUUAUCAAGAUUGAAAGAUCCAGGAUCUGUCAAAUCAUCUUAGAUCAUUUAAGCGAGGUACGAAGAACGGACCCCUGCUCUGAUGCCCCCUAGCCUGUGUCCGUGCCUGCCCUCGCACAAACAGAGCAUGAUGUACUCUGAAAUAAACACGUGCAAAAAAUGAUACUUCAAACUUAUCAAAAAUAUAUUAGAUGCCUAUCUGGAGUAGAUGCCUUGCCAAAUGACAAUCUUGUCAGCUGAAUUGAAGAAAGGUCACAUUAGGAGACCGCUAUCUGUAACCAGCCAAGUCUGCUCCUCCAUUACUGCUCCUGAGUUAUGGAUUGUGAAUAAAAUAUAGUCUUAA